AUGGCCAACCGAGGAGCCUCUUCUUCUUCUGCUUCUUUCACCAAAUCAUGGAAAUACCAUGUCUUUCUGAGCUUCAAAGGCGAAGACACGCGCCACAACUUCACAGACCAUUUGUAUAGCGCUUUAUGUCAACAAGGCAUUAACACCUUCAGGGAUGAUGAUGAGCUCAUAAGAGGAGAAGAAAUAUCAAGCGCGCUUUUCACAGCAAUUGAAGAAUCAAAGAUUUCUGUCGUUGUGUUCUCUAAAAACUAUGCCUCUUCAAAGUGGUGUUUGGAUGAACUUGUUAAGAUUCUUGACUGCAAGAAAUCAAAACAACAACUGGUCAUACCAGUUUUUUACAAGGUGAAUCCAUCAAAUGUACGGAAUCAGAGAGGUAGCUUCGGGGAUGCACUGGCUAACAUGGAGUGCAAAUACAAAGAAAACAUGCAGAAGGUCAACAAAUGGAGGGCAGCUCUUUCACAAGUAGCAUCUUUGUCAGGGUUCACUUUGGACGAGCGUCAAUCUGAAUAUGAGUUUAUCCAAAACAUCAUUGAAGAGAUUUCAAAACACGUAUUAAACACCGUUUGUUUGGAAGUGGCAGAGCAUCCAGUUGGAAUGCAAGCUCAAGUACAAGUUAUGAAUGAGCUAUUAGAUUUGGGGGAAAGCGAUGUUCGUAUGAUAGGUGUGUGGGGAACUGGUGGAAUUGGUAAGACCACAAUUGCUAAAGCUGUUUAUAAUUCAAUUGCCCACAAAUUUGAGGGUUGUUCCUUUUUGGCAAACGUUAGAGAAAGGUCAACGUCGCAUGAAGGUUCUGUCGGAUUACAAGAGAAUCUUCUUUCUGACAUUCAAAGGGUAAAAAAUUUGAAGGUGACCAAUGUUGAUAAAGGAGUCACUAUGAUAAAGGAAUGGUUGAGUCGUAGAAAGGUUCUCUUGGUUCUUGAUGACGUGGAUGACAUGGAACAGUUACACAAGUUAGUUGGGGCACGUGAUUGGUUUGGUGUAGGCAGUAGAAUUAUCAUAACAACAAGGGAUAAGCAACUGUUAACUGCUCAUGAGGUUAAUUUAAUGCAUGAGGUCAAUAUUUUAGAUAACCAUAAAGCUCUUGAGCUCUUCUGUUGGCAUGCCUUCAAAACAAGUGGGCCUCCUUUGGGUGAUUAUGUGAAACUUGCAGAACGUGCAAUACGCUAUGCUCAAGGCCUUCCUUUGGCUUUGAAAGUUCUCGGUUGUUGUCUAUGUGGUGGAAGUAUAGAUAAAUGGGAAGCUGCAUUGGAUGGUUUCAAAAGCAAGAAAAUUCAAGAUGUUCUCAAAAUAAGUUAUGAUACCGUGGAUGAUAUUGUCAAGGAGGUUUUCCUUGACAUCGCAUGUUUCUUUAAGGGUAAAAGUAGAAACUAUGUGAUAGAAAUACUAGAAGCUUGUGACCUCAGCCCUAGGUAUGGUAUUGAAGUACUCAUUGAAAAGGCCCUUAUAAGUGUUGAACAUGGAGAUUAUAUUCGGAUGCAUGACUUAUUAGAAGAGAUGGGUAAGGACAUAGUUGAGCAAGAGUCGCCCACUGAAGCCGGAGGACGUAGCAGAUUGUGGUUUCAUGAAGAUGUCGAGCAUGUUCUGACUAAUAAUACUCAUUUGACAAAGUUGACAUCUUUGAAUUUCAUGGGCUCUGAAUUCCUAACUGAAAUCCCCGACCUAUCCGGCAGCCCAAACUUAAGGUACUUGAAUGCGAGUUAUUGUGAAAGUUUAGUUGAGGUUCAUCCAUCUGUGGGAUAUCUUGAUAAACUUCAAGAAUUGGAUUUUUGUGGCUGCUGUGAACUCACCAAGUUUCCAAAUAAAGUUUGGUGGAAAUCUCUGAAAUGGUUGGAUCUUAGCGAUUGCAUAAAGUUGGAGAGUUUCCCAGAAAUUGUGGGCAAAAUGGAAUCCUUAUAUCAUUUGGGCCUUGCCGAAACUGCUAUAAAAGAGUUGCCUGCAUCAAUUGGACAUCUCAUUGGGCUGAAAUGUUUGUUCUUAUGUGGAACUCAUAUAAAAGAGUUGCCUUCCUCAUUUGGACAUCUAACUGCACUUGCAAAGUUAUCUUUAGAAAGAACUGCAAUAGAAGAGUUGCCUUCAUCAAUUGGAGAUUUCACUGCGCUUGAAAUUUUAAAUUUAGAAGGAUGUGAAAACCUUGCAAAUCUGCCACAAAGUAUUUAUGGGUUGCAAAAUCUCACAUAUUUAAACCUGAAUCGAUGCCUGAAACUUGUCACACUUCCAAAUAAAUUGAUCUCUAAAGUUUUAUCGAGUGCAGAAUCACUUCCUCAAUUUUCAUUAUGGAUGCAAGAGUGCAAUGUAUCAUACAUUAAUUCCUUGGAGAAUUUUUGUUGCUGGUUGAACUUUAAUGAUAUUGAUCUAUCCAAAAGCAAUUUUGUCAGUCUUCCUGUGUGCAAAUUUGUCAACUUGAAGAUGCUUAAUUUGAGUGGGUGCAAGAAGCUUGUAGAAAUUGUAGGACAACUUCCAGCGUCUAUAGAAAUUAUCAAUAUGGCUGAUUGCAUAUCACUGGAAAGAUUUCCAACAUUGUCAAAGAUAUUGGAAGACGAAGACAUGCAACAUAUUCAGUACAUGAAUUUGUCCAAUUGCCAUAGGCUAUGCGAUAAUAUAGGGUUGGACGCUGCAAAGAUGGCAAAUAUUUUAGUGAAUCAGGCAGCAGUUAAUACCGAACAUUUUAUUAAUGUUUUACUUCCAGGCAGUGAAGUUCCAGAGUCGUUGAGUUUUCGCAAGGACGUAGGUGUACUUCUUCCAAAUGAUAACGAUCACUUGUUGGACUUACCGAUUGAAAUUCCUUGGACUUCCGGAUUGGAGAACUUGGUUUUGUGUAUUGUUUGUGAACCUACGGAAUCAUUUAUUAGGGUGCAGUUUCCUUAUUUGUCAAUUUUGAAUUCGACGUAUCCUGGUAAUGACUACUCAGUGUCAGAAGGAUUGACAGGGGCAGGUCAUGUGGGUCUGCGCUAUACUGCAGUACCGCGCAAAAUUCCAUUACCUGCUCACACGAAGCGAAGGAGUGAUGAUCAAUUAAAGUCGUUUAUUCAUCGAAUUAUUAAUGUUUCCUACAAAGGCGGCAGAGGGCUCUUCAAAAGCUGUGGGGUCCACCUGUCUCUUAACAGCAUGCCAAAGGAUGGUUUUGGUUUUUGCUCAAUGCCAGAGGAUGGUGAUGAUGAUGAAAAUGAAGAAGAAUUAGAUGCUGCUGAUGAUGAAGUUCGACCCGGAAAGAGAAAAAAGAUUACCUCCCUCUGCAUUUCAAUGUGA